AUGAUUUUAGAGAGUGGAGAGGGAAUGGAACCUUGGAGCCAGCUGCCCGGAAAAGUGGUUCUGGUGACUGGAGCCUCAUCGGGCCUUGGUCGAGAGUUUUGUCUCGACUUGGCUAAGGCGGGUUGUCACAUCAUUGCAGCAGCCCGUCGUGUGGAUAUGCUUAACUCGUUGUGUGACGAGAUUAUUGAGAUAAAUGAUAGAAGAAAAGAACUAAUGAUCGUUACAAAAGCUGUAGUUGUCGAGUUGGAUGUCACUUCCGAAGACAAUGUUAUCGCGGAGGCAGUUCAAUCGGCUUGGAAUGCAUUUGGACGCAUUGAUGUUCUUGUUAACAAUGCUGGUAUUAGAGGAAGUAUAAACUCGGCAGUGAACUUAAGCGAAGAGGAAUGGGAGAAGACAAUGAAGACAAACCUAAACGGCGCAUGGCUAGUGGCAAGAAACGUAGCAAAUUUGAUGGCCAAGACGAGGAUAGCCGGUUGUAUCAUCAAUAUUUCAUCCGUCAAUGGCCUCAACCGCGUCCAUACCCCUGGCGGUGCUGCUUACUGUUCCUCUAAGGCCGCACUUCACACAUUAACGAAAGUUAUGGCAUUAGAAAUGGGAAAGUAUCAAAUAAGGGUGAAUGCAAUAGCACCAGGACUUUUUAAGUCGGAAAUAACUGAAGAACUUAUCAAAAAGAAGUGGCUCAAUAAUGUGUUACGACGAACUUUACCACUAAUGAGCUUUGGGGAAAUGGAUCCAGCACUUACUUCGCUCAUUAGGUAUCUGAUUCACGACUCUUCAAAAUACGUAUCUGGAAACAUCUUCAUUGCGGAUUCUGGAUAUAGUCUUCCUGGUGUUCCCCUUUACUCUUGUCUUUAACUAUUUUGUCUUUGCAUUAUUCAUGAUCAUUAUAAGCAUUAUAUAGGUUAUGAGUGAUUUACUAACUGCGAGGAUGCAUAUGAUGUAUGAUUUUGGACUAUUGAUCAUGUCUUACAUUAAAGUUCUAGACUAUCAAACAAUAUGAUAGGGGUUUGAAUCUUGUUUUAACAUUAGUAACU